CCGGGUUUGCCCGAUCUCCAAGUAGAACGCAGGGCCGGUCCACAUAGGCCCCGACAUAUUGUUUAAUCAGGGACCCGCCCACUUAUACCCAAACACCGAUCCACCAGCCCCCUACCCACCCGGCACCCACCCACCUACACACACACCCACGCGCACACGCACACGCACACGCACAAGCACAAGCACAGACACAGACACAAUACACGAACACCCACCCACAGGUAUACACACACAAGCACGCAUACACGCAUACACGCAGACAGACACGCAAGCACAAACGCAUACGUACAGAGCAAUGCUUUUUCAGUGGGGUUGGGUAUAGCCAACAUGUCGACGCACUCACAGACAGAGAGAGAGCACACCCAAGCACGGCACACCGGCUCGCAAACAACCAACACGCCCACCGGCAAUACAAACGGAAACACAAACACCAACAACAAGCAAAGAGAGACACAGACGCGUACGCGCAGAGAGAGAGAUCAGAGGGCGUCAUCAGAUGUGGUCCCCGGGAUCGUCAUGCGCAGAUCGGGCGAUGAUUCAGCGGAUGUGCGGGGGGGCCAUGGCGAGAGGCCCUCAGCAGCGAAAUCGACCCCCCCCCCUGCCCCCAAUCCAGGUCAUUCGCAAGGAGGAGGGGGUCCCAGAUCGACCCCAACGGCAAAUGACCCGACUGCGCAGGGAACGUCUGCUUAUCUGAUAAACUCCGGGGGGGGGGGCGAGGCCUUGGAGGUACUGCGCACGCAGCUACGGAUGCGCGCGAUGUGUCUGGACAGACAGACACCAAGGACUGGUUUGCCUUCGACGAUUCCGCCCCCGUCGUCGUCAUCGCCCGCGCUGCUGAACGAUGCGCAGGCGGGGGGAGGGAUCAGACUGUCAUCUGCGGCGACAGCUGAUGCGCAGGACGUGCAAAGCGAUUUGAGAUCUGACAAUGAAGCGGAGGACGAGCUGACACGUGUCAAGUUUAGCGGUCAGGAUCAGCUUCAGGUCCGCACGAAGCCAGGCGGGGAUCCCAACGUUGCUUCGGCCUCCCCGCCUCUUGGCGGGGAAGGGCAAUCAUCAGAUGCGCCGGGGUCGCAACAGACUGCCACGCUGGCACAUGAGGACAGCGGCGAAGCUGAGGGCGAUGGUCUCCGUCGCUUGUGCUCAUUACAAUGUACGGAGGGAUUGCAAAGCGGCGGGACGUGUGAUGAGGAGGAGACGGGUAUGUCGGGGGGGGAGGGGGAGCACACGUCGGCCCCAAUGUCGCGCGUGUGUACACGUGGCGGCCCCAGAGAUGUUAAGGAAACUGCCUCCCGCGACGGAGGAGGUAACGAGGGGGGAGGACCUCAAGUUGGUAAGCAGGUUUGCGACGGGCGCGAUGGCGGCGGAGGUGGGGGGAGGGAGGGGGAAGGGGAAGGGGAAGGGGAAGGGGAAGAUGGUGGUGUUGGUGGGCGGGAAUCUGCGCGCCCACAAGGCCGUCAGCGGGAUCGGUGGGGCGAUGACGAAACCAUGGCCUUGAUUAGACUGCUGGGUGAGCACAGGGCCUCAGGAGGGGCAGAUGGAGACAUACACUUGGAGCCUGCCGGUGUGAGGAGGACUACCAAAUCCACGUGGAAGAUGGUUGCGCAGUCAAUGCGCGCUGCGGGGUAUGAGCGGCCAUGGUGUAAGUGCCAAACGAGAUGGAAAAAUUUGCGCGGGUGGUUUAGGCGCGUGCUGAAGAACGAAGCGCGCAGCAGUCGGUUGAGUUAUUGGAAAAUGGCGCCGUCGCAGCGGAUCGAAGCAGGUCUAGGCUUCGAUCUCCGCCGCCACUGGUUCGAUUUGAUAGAUGUUUAUCUGAGAGGGAAUAAUCCCGCUAGCCAUCCUGUUAACCUAGGGUUGGAUCCGGCAGCGGAGAUUAGGGAUGACGUGUCGACGGGAGGAGGAGGAGGAGGAGAGGGGGGGGAUGGAGGUGGAGGUGGAGGUGGAGGUGAUGGGAUGGCGGCGGACAGGCGGCGRSRGGGKGGCGGCGGGGGRAGCGGCRGRGCAGAUCAASSGGGGGSGRKGGGSGSGGGGGGGGGGGGGGGGGGCGCGGCGCGCGAGGCAAGCUCCGGCCCUGCCAGCCCAGAUGCGUCCGGCGGCAGCGGAUUUGAUCCCGCGCAUCCUGCCGGCGGCGAUCGCGAUCGCGAUCGGGAUCAUCGGGAUUGUGUCAGCCCGGUCUCCGACGAUGACGACGAUGGCAGCCCAGCCGGUGACGGCGGCGGCGGCGGCGGCGGCGGCGCCGGGGGGCCGGGGGGCGACUUGUCGACCCACGUGACGUCCACGUCAUCAAGGAAACGGCCGCGCGCAAAUGGCGACUCCCGCGAGGAGGCUAUGAAGGAAAUCGCGCACGUGAUGAGAGAGCAGACGGCUGCCUUGAGAGAGCUAGCGAAGGAGCAGUGCAGAGUGCAGAGGCAGUGCGUAGAGCUGAGCUGUCAGGCCAUGCGAGCGCACACGGAAAUGCAGCGAGAGAGCUUGUCUCUUCUGGCAUCCAAGAUGGAAGCCGGAUACAAGGCUGUGGCGAGUGCGUUAGCGAAUUUAGCCGGCGGCGCCGGAAGUAAUACUAGUAGAAAGCGACGAUGUCGCGGGAUCCAGUCUCAGGAAGAAGAGUAGAAGGGAGUGUGUGUGUGUGUGUGUGUGUGUGGGUCUUUGUGGAGGUGAUGAGCCGAGCGGAGCUCAGCUGGCAGAGAGAGACAAUGAGAGAGAGAGAGCAGGCGCAGCCGAGCGCGCAAACAGGGAGAAUGUCGUGAGGGAGAGCUUGUUGAUUACGGAAUAUAAUUAAUUAAUUGCAGUAAUUGUGAGUAUGUCGCCGACUGUGUUCCGUCGAAUAGAACGGGCGUUCUAUUCGGAACAACAGGGGGCGUUCUAUUCGGUCAUUACAGCUGUUGAAUUGGGGGCAAGUUACAGUCGACAAGAGACAAGCGAUAAAGAACGGGCGUUCUAUUCGGGACAACAGGGGGCGUUCUAUUCGGGAGAAGACGGCAAUUAUCCACAGAAGAUGGGGGGAGGGGAUGGGGGCAGCAGCAGAGAACGCCGACGUCGUGUGCUUCGAUUACGUACGCGAAACGAAAGGUGAGAGAGAGAGAGAGAGAGAGAGAGAGAGAGAGAGAGAGAGAGAGAGAGAGAGAAAUUACGGGUACACUGCGGGGGGCCUUGGUCAUGUCUCUCUGCUGGUUGGACGUCCUAGAUGGAAGCUGCAUUUGCUGCAACUUUCAGUCUACAUGCAUCGGCGAUAUCAGGACCGUUCGUUCUAUUCGGAGAUCGACGUAAGCGGUCCACAAGGGAGAGAGGAGGGAGUGUUGCGAGCGACGCAGUGGAGUACCUUUAUCAUCAGCAUUUGAUGAUUGAUGGUGUCAUUAUUAGACGAUGAUGGAUGACGUGUCAUUAUUAGAUGGGGUACCUACAUCAUCAGCAUUUGAUGAUUGAUGACGUGUCAUGACUAGAUGAUUGAUGACGUGUCGCUAUUAGAUGGGCUACCUACAUCAUCAGCAUUUGAUGAUUGAUGACGUGUCAUGACUAGAUAAUUGGUGACGUCUUGAGUAGAUGAUUGAUGACGUGUCACGAUGAGAUGAAUGAUGAUGCGUAACGACGUCGAGAUCUUAAUUAGGUAGACAGAUGUUCCUCGAGAAGAGAUACUGGGUAGAUAGAGAAACCUUGCGUUAAUUAGAUGUUAUCAUAGAUUGAUAGACUGAGUGAUAUAAAUAGAUUGAUUGAUGUAUAGAUAGAUUGAUUGAUAUGUAUCUCGGAGGAUAAGAUAGAUAUAUAGAGGGUAGGAAGGAAAUGGCCGUCCCGGCCCCGCGUUCAGGCUCUGGCUUUUUUUUUUUUUUUUUUUUCUCCUUUUUUUUUUUUUUUUUUUUUUUUUUUUUUUUUGCGUGUCAUCCUUGCACAGGGGCCAUGCUAAUCUGGCAUUUUCGCCGA